AUGGGUGACUUUGGGAGGAGGGUGGUCAAAGUUCCAGGUCCAAAGUCAACAAACAGCCACAGUCUUAAGAUGAAGGACCCUAUCAGCGCCUGCUCUUACAACCAACUCUAUCAGAAUGUGAAACGAUUUUCAAAAAACGGGGAAUACUUCUGCAAAGAGCUUAUGACAGUGUUUCAGCAAAGAGCUGAGCUGGAACAUACUUAUGCCAAAGGACUACAAAAACUUGCCAGCAAACUCAUCAGGGCCUCAAAAGAAAUGCCAAACAAUUCCACCUACAGUGCCUGGUGUCAUGUGUCAGAUGAGAUGUACUCGAGAGCAGAUGCCCACAGGUCAUUAGGAAAUGCAUUUCAGCAAGAGGCAAUUCUGGAAAUACGACAAGUCUUAGACGAGCACAAUAAGAGGAAGAGGCCUCUUGACAGUGCCAUUGAAAGAACUGGAAAACUUGUUACUGCUAAUUGGAGUGAGCAACUCAAGAUAAAGAAGAAAUUAGUUGGACUAACAAGAGAGCAUGAGGCUUUGUUCAACUUUGUGGAGAACAACAGACAAAUCUGCACAGAAAAAGAAAAACAAAAGAUGCUGAACAGGCUGACUAAGUCAGCAGAGAUGCAGGCGCGGGUGGAUGAGGAGUACUUUAAUAUUAACAUGGAGGGGCAUCAGAUGAGACUCAAGUGGGAAAACACACUGAAAAACUGCUACCAGAUCAUACUGGAGCUGGAGAAGCAGCGGAUUGAAGUUCUUUGCAAUACUUUGAAUAGAUACAACCUCCAUAUGUCCAGUUUUGGGCAAACCCUCAAACAUGGACAAAGGCAGAUAGAACAGACAGUCCAAAGGGUGGACAUGGAUAAAGACAUACAAACUCUGAUGGAGGAAAACAGCAUCACAGAUGAAGAUCACAAAACUGAGUUCUUGAUGGCUGAUUAUUUUGAGGAGGACAGCAAAUCACUGAUGGCCAAAGACCGAAGAAAAGAGGCCAUCAAACUCAAACUCCAGCGUCUGCAGGACAGCGUUAUGAAAACAAAGAAAGACCGCGAAGGAAUUGAAAAACUGAUGAAAACGUACUCUGAAAACCCAUCUUUUUCAAACCAAAAGAACCUUGAGGAAACUGAGCAGCAGAUUGAUGAGUGUACGCUAAAACUGGAUCUCCUCGAGGCCACUUUCUACAAACUCUCUGUAUCACUGUCUGAAUUAGAGGGGAGACCCAAACCCUUUCAUCGAUUUGGUGACAGCAUUGUGAAAUGGAAAGAAAAGGACUGCGAGCACAGCGUUGUCCAACUGACUCGUCCAGUCAAACUCAGGAGGACCCCGUUCAGGUCCCGACAAUCACUGAGAGCUUCCAUUAUUUACAAAGGGCCUGUUCAGUUUGGGACGCAGCGGUCUGUGGAGGCUUUACCAAAUGCCACCGACAAAGUCACCGCUACAGCUAUAACACACGAGACCGCAGCUGCCGAGUGUGGCAGCACCGUCAACGGAGCCCUGCCGCACACUGAUGACGAGAAAGAACAAGGUCAAAGUACGCCGGAGCUGUGCAGUAUCGGAAAAUGCAAGGCCCUGUACGAUUUCACACCUGAACACGACGAUGAGCUGACUUUGACAGAAGGAGAUCUUCUAGAAAUUUACGGAAAGGAAGAGAACGGUUGGUGGUUUGGCAGACUUAACGGGAAGACGGGUCAUUUCCCAUCAACCUAUGUUGAGGAGCUGCCGGUGUUAGGCAGCAUCAGAUCAUCUGAUGCCUGAGUGACUUGACUCAUCAACAAGAACAUAAAACUCACCCUGGAUCAGAGAUUCACUGCUGCAAUUGCAAUUAAAUGGCAACAACUGCAAGCCUCAUUCCAACUACAAAUUAUCUUUGUACAGACUGAUAUUUAUAACUUUAAAAUUAAAGCAAAAGCAAUCAGUUUAAAAAUACUUGGUCGUCUGCUGUCAGUCAGGAUUUAUGAUUUUUUUCACUGCUCUCUGUUUAAGUUAUUGUGUAAUGCUGUAAUGGUCGUACUGUAUUUUUUUAAUCCAAAUGAUUUUUUUUCUUUAUUUAUGCUAUAUUGUGUACAGAUGAAUUUGACUAUAGUGAGUUUAAUAAAUUUGUAUGUUUCUAGAUUAAUAUGAUAACCGUGAGUAAAGAUGAAGCCUGGGAAAAUCAAACUGUAUACUUAUCCCCACCAGCUUUAAACUGAGUAAUAACAUGAGGAAAUAAAACUGUUCACCUCUACUGUGAAUGAUGAGCAAUGACUUAAUUCAUCCGAAGAACAUCUGCAGUAAACUGGUUAAUUUUUAAGGAUUUAGAGACAUUCACUCCUGAACACCUGUUUUCUGGAGGCCUAUCUCCAGGGUUUGAAACUAUGCCAUAAAAAGUUUCCUCUGAACUGCAACACGACCGUGCUGAGGAAUUAGAACACUUGGACAUAAAAUGUACCUGUAUUUAUACAGCAAAAAGUCAAUUUUUUUAAAUUGUACUUUUUAUUUAUUGUCCACAGACAUCUUUAUUAAAUCCAAAAAAUAUAUUAGUGAAGAAAAAAAUAGGGAGUGUGGUACUGGGUCAAGAAACUUGGUGUUGGGGAAGGGGAAGGCAUCCCAGGGAUUUGGAUUCUAAGUCAAUAAUCUUUAACUGAUAUAUGGAUAAAAAUGUCAUUUAGUACCACAUCUAU